AUGAGCGCGAUCCACGGGUUCAUAAAGAUGAUCAAGACUAGAUUCGGCGAGACCCUCCCACAGGCACCCAAUAUCCUCAUCAUCACCCCCUUCGAAACAGCCCAACGGCGCGUCCGACACAUCUCCGACUACGCCACCUACACCCGCCUGCACGCCACGCUUCCCGCCGCCAUCCUCGCCGCGCUCAAAGCCCGCAUAAAGGCUGGCGAACCCAGGGUCGUCAAGGACCUCUGGGAGAAGCGGGAGAAGACCUUCUUAGCCAUCGACUUUGAGGUUAAUGAGAGGAACGAGAAGACCGUUUUGGAGUUUGGGUAUGCUGCUGUGCGGUGUGGGCAUUUGGAUGCUCUCAUUAGCCCGGAAUCAGAAACGUCGGCGAAUACCCUGGUGCUAGUUGGUCAUGGGUUGCAACCGCACCUUGCGAGGUUGGAGGAUAUGAAGAUUCGUUUACCUGCCAACCUCCUAAUUCUGGACACGAUGGUCCUCGAGAAGUCGCUCUACGCGGCUGGGAUGAGGAGUCCCAUGAUGGAUCCUUCGACGGGUCAGCUACGCGCGCAUGGGACGAGUUUGUCACUCGACAAGCUCCUCAUCUCGUUCACACUACCCAACCUCCCCACCUCUUCCGACAACUCGGGUCAAGGCCGCGAUAGUAAUGCCAACGGGCAACAAAGCCACGGCAAAGGCUCAGGCUCGAGUUCGAGUCGGGACAAGGACCGGGAGAAGGAAUCCCUACCCGUGCAAGUACCCAUCGUCCUCCCGCAAUGCACGCUGCAUAACGCGGGCAACGACGCGUUUAUGACGCUUUAUGCGCUGCAGAAGCUUAUGGAGCCUGGUACGACGCGUGUGCCGACGGCGCAGAAGGUGCAUUAUAAUAGGGGGAUGGGAAUGGGGAUGGUCGGAGGGGCGGGGUGGGCUGUGCAGAUGGGGAUGGGAGGGAUGCCGGGGAUGGGUGGUGUGCCGGUUGGGAUGGGCGGGAUGGGGAUGCCUAUGUCCCCGCAUGGGAUGGUGCCGGCUUUGAUGGUCCCGUCGCCCUCGAUGAAUUCGUUUGGGGGAGGGGUGCCGUUCCCGUAUGGGAGUAUGCCCAAUAUGAGUGGGAAUGGGUUUGGAGGAGGAACAGGACAAAGUCAGUCGUUGGGUGUUAAGCAUCUUGGGGGGAGGGAGCGUGCUCGGUCGAGUUAUACGCUUGCGGACGAGUUUGGAGCUAUGAGCUUAGGUGCUGGCGGAUCGGGAGCUGGGCGUGAGAGGAAGGUUAGUGGGGUGUAG